AUUAAUAUGAGCGACCGACUCGAAGAUGUAGUUAGAGAAGCUGUGAGACAAUUUGCUACAACGUUGGAUUUCACAACUUUUGCACAAUCUGGAAAUGGACUUUCACUCAGCGUGCAAGAUGUCACUACGGUCAUUGAAAACCACAGAUUCUCUGUUGAAGAACAGAAACAGAAAAUACUUUGGCUUUGGAUUGAAAAGCAUGGGUCAAAAGCAACUCCCCAAGAAAUAAGGAAUCUUAUUAUACAAUAUUAUAGAUCAAAACAUCAGGGUGUUGCCACGAAUGUUGAAAGACUUGAAGAUGUUUUUCAAGAUAUUAUCAAGCUGUUUGCACCAGAAGAAUUCAUACAGUUUGCAAGAUCAGGGCACGGGCUGUCUCUUACUGAGCAUGAAAUUGAUACUAUUACAGAAAAUAACAGAUUCGCGGUAGAGGAACGCAGUCUCAAAUUUUUGUGGAAAUGGAGAUAUUCCAAGUAUCCUUACACUAAUGAUGCAGCUGUGGUAGAAAGAAUUAAGAAAUUGGUUGGGACUUAUAAUGAUAUAAAAGACGAGAAAAAUAAUCAGAUAAAGGAGCAAAUCCGUCAGAAAGAAAUUUCAGAAGCAAAAGAUUUUCUCGAAGUUGUGGAGAAUUUCACAAAGCAGAUGUUGGAAUUUGCUUUGAAAUCUGUUAAAGAAAAAACAAAGAUGGAUAAUUUUGUACUACCUAAAGUGACUGAGUUUAAAGAAUCGGAAUCCAACAAACAGACUAAUCUGCAAUCAGUGGAUAUUACAAGACUUCAUUUCGAUAACUCAGUCAACCAUGUCAUGUUGCUAGGAGACACAGGUUCUGGAAAGACAACAUUUGCACAGAGAUAUGUAAUGUUGGCUCUGGAGAAAAGACUGGUCUUCACAGAAGAAAUUAAGAUGGUUUAUUUUAUUGAUAUUUCUAAAUUACAAAGUGACGAUAGAUCAACUGCUUUUGAUCUUCUCUUCAUCCAACAGCUUGGAUCAAAACUUCCAAAAAAGCUUCAUAAGAUUGGGCAAGAAUGGCUGGAACAAAAUUCAAAACACAUUGUAUUUGUAAUUGAUGGUUUAGACCAAAGUCAGAAGCCUUUCGAAAGUAUAUACCAGAGAAUCGGAAUGGAAACCCUAGCAGAAACAAACACCAUUAUCGCCAAUAUUUUAUCCGGCCACAUCUAUCCAGGAAUUAAAAUUUUGUCAACUUCACGGUGGUAUGUAUAUUGGAAGCUUGCUCCAGAUAUAAAGGCAGUGAAAACUCUAAAAUUAUGGGGAUUGGAUACUGAUUCAGUUAAUCUUCUUGCUGAAAAAUUAUUUGGUUCGGAAGCAAAAAGAUUCAUUUAUGCUUUGAGACACAAAUCACCAGGGCUCUUUUCAAAUCCAAUGUUCUUUUUUUACAUGGCUCGAGUGUUCAUAGAUUCUCAAGAAAUUGAUGUUGGGACUUUAACAAAUCUAUUAGUUUCUGUUAUAAGAUGUUUUUCAGGAUCUCGCCACGGUGGACGUGUAGAUCGUCUCGUGCCAAAACUUAUGAAAGUGGCAUUCUAUGGAAUGAUAGGAAAUCGAUUUGUUUUUAAAGCAAGCUACAUUAAGGCGCUUAACCUGGAUAUGAAUGACAUGCGUGGUCUUGUAGAGAUUGAUGCUGAUACUGAAUUUGUUGAGUAUGUCGCUGAUAAUGAUGAUAUGAGCAUCCGUUUCUCCCACCAAAGUAUUCAAGAGAUACUUGCAUCAUUGUAUGCCUGCAAUCUUGAUUUGAAUGAAUUUAAGAAGUUUAUUGAAAAUAACUAUGAGAAAUCUGAAAUGGAAGUUGUUAUAAAGCAUGCUUUUGGAAUCAUUCUCAACAAAUCAACUUCGGAAAAGGCAGCAAAAUACCUUCCUGAUAGCUUACACAUAAAGUAUGAGUAUUUGUUGGGUUACCUGGAUAAAUUAUUGGAAGGUAAAGUCCUUUCAGAUAAACGAGUCGUGACCUUGUUACAUGAAUGUGGUCCCGACGUGAUUAAGAAAAUUUCUUCACAAAUAGAAGAAUUGAAGUUUGAUGGUUCAAUGAAACUCGAGGAACAGCAUGCUCUAUUGUCUGUGGCAAAACAUAUUGCAUCUCUUCGCUUUUUGCAAAUGUGGAAAUUGGUUAUACAUACUGGAACAUAUGCUCCUAUGAAACAUAUUCUUUGCUCAGUACAGAAUAUGUAUGUGAGAUACUUGGAACUGGUAAACUGUGACGCUGACUCACUGCGAAUCCUGAGUGAAGCCACGAAGGGAGGGAAUAUAAAAAUUGGUUGGGGCUUCACAAUAAAAGAAAGCCCGGCAAUGAACCAAGUCGCUUAUUAUCACGCUAUAGAGAUAGUUCAUUAUGGCGGCUUGGUAGAUUUCAGGCUGGAUGGUUGCGAUCUGGAUGCAGGAAAAAUAAGUAAAAUGAAUGAAGCAGCUCUCGAUUACGGCCUCAAUUUGGAGGGCUUCUAUGUUUAUAAUAAUCAAAACAUGGGCACAGAAGCUUUUGCCCAGCUCGGGCGAUUUUUAGGUAUUGCUAUGGUUAAAUGGUCACGACUGGAAAGCGUUGACCUAAAUGCAGACAAAUUAAAUAAGAUGAAUAAAAAGGUGGUCAAAUAUCAAGUCAAACUCAAGUCUUUGUAUAUUGACCAAAAUCCCAACAUGAAUGCAGAAGCAUUUCAACAAUUGGCAAAGCUGCUGAAAAAUACUGAGGCAAAAUAUCUAUCCGCGCAAUAUUGCACUCCAACAAGUGAGCAGAUAUCGGCUCUUUCCACAAGUUUGGAAAGUGAAGAUGUCAUUUUGUCCGAAUUGCUACUUCGAAGGUCAACUACAAAACCACUCACCGAUGCUGAAUUGCUGAUUGUGGCUAAAUUGGUUCAAAAAGUGGGAGAGAUUGACUUCUUUGACCAAACAUUGAAUGAAUCACAAUUGAGGGUUUUGACUGCGGAAACAAAUAAGUUCUGUUCAAGUUCAGAAAUAAAGUGUGGGUCACUAAGAUUCAUUGUAACAAAUCCGAAUUUAUAUACUGGAUGAAUUGCAUUGAUUUCCUACAUGGGUCGCGAUUAAUUGAUAAAUUCUGGUUCUUCAUAAAUUCAGGGCCCAAGUUUUGUUAAGUGAUGGCAAAUCGAAAGAACUUACUAUUCAGAAUACAAUAUGAAAUAAUAUACCGAAUAUUCGAUUUAUUCUAAACUGAACUAUAUUUACCAAACAGCAUGCAGGAGCCAAUGGUUUCAAAUUCGAAAAUGGUAACAUAACAAUGCUUCGAUUGGUUCUCUAUAUUUUGAAUCUUUCAGUAUUCGAAUGAAGGUCUUUUAGGGGUGGGAAUCGUAUAUAUUUGACUGCGAUUGGUGGGUUGUUUUGUGGACGACGGCUUAUAUUCUGUCGUUAAACGACGAGUAACAACAGCAACGCCUCGGCUGCCCAAUCCCCGUCUUUGUUAGACACUUUAACGAGACAAAAUCUCGAUAAUUGUCAGCUUCCCCUUGGAACGUCUAAAUUAACUAAUUUUACUCCGAUUCAUAUUAUUAAUUUGAAAAACAACAGUAAAAUCUUA